AUGAAUUCGUCACAGAGGAUCUACCCCGGCUUGAAUUCGAUGGGCUCCAAUGAUCGAUACUCGCCGACGCCUUAUCGGCAGAGAAUGCAACAGGUACGAUAUUGUUUUAGGUUCGGCUGUGGCCAAGUUAGAAUUUUGUCUGCGGGAAUUUUUACGUUCCGCGCUUAGACUGAGUUUUAUGGUCAAAAAUAAGGCGGACUUAUUGUACAACACUUCUGCAUGUUGAUUUUUCAAAAUUCCUUUACUAAAACUAGUCAACGCUACUUUUUUCAGACGAAUUCAAUAUUCGGAGCCCUGGAUGAUCCCUUCUUUCAAACGCGCGUUGCUCAAGCGGCCCAGGCCCAAUUGGCCGAAAUCGAUGUGAAAAAUGUAAAUAUGAACACGAACAUGUUUUCGUAAGUACUUUUAGUAAUUUGUGAAAUUGCUCCAGAUUUUAAGUCCUGACAUUUGUAAAUUCCGUUAAUUGAAAUUGUCAUACUGUAAGAGUAAAAGUUCUAUGGACAAAAAAGAUUUUUUACUCAUAUUUAUUGUAGUCGUUGAGAGAUUUUAGGGCUAGUUAGGGAGCUUUGUAAAAAUCUUGGUGAAGGGUUUUCAAAAAUAGAACUUUUUUGGUUUAGAUCAGUCAAAUCCUCCGCCUACGAUGAUAUGUUAAUGCAGGCUACAAAUUUCAGCUACCAAGGUCAGAAUCUCCUCAAUUCCUCGAACCACGACCUGGUGGACAACUCUUCGCUCGGAGUCAACUCUUCCAACGCGUCCACGAAUCUCUUGGACACCCAGUCUCAAGGUGGGAAUGACGCCAUGAGUCCGCUGCAACAAGUGAUGGCAAUGCAACAUCAUUACGGCCCUGGUGGCAGUGGCACCUUCUCUCCGUAUCACCAACUGCCUCAGGCAAGCGUGGCGAAUGUGGCAGCGGCCUUUGGCCAACAUCAUGGAGGUCCCAUGAAUAUUAUGAAUAACACAAAUUUCGUGGGGAAUCCCUUAAAUGGAGUGCCGAACAACUCGUUAUUGCCGAGGUAUUCGCUGUCGCAUGCAGGUAAGAGAUGGGUUAUUUUCGAUUAAAAGGCAGACUUUCUUGCAGUCCCUGAAAUCGACACUGAUCCGAGGGAAUUGGAACGGUUCGCAGAGCAUUUUAAACAGCGGAGGAUCAAGUUGGGGGUGACUCAAGCAGAUGUGGGAAAAGCCUUGGCCCAUCUGAAAAUGCCUGGAGUUGGAUCGUUGAGUCAAUCGACGAUAUGCAGAUUUGAGAGUUUGACGUUGUCGCACAAUAAUAUGGUCGCAUUGAAACCGAUAUUGCAGACGUGGCUGGAAAAGGUAAGAGUUUUUUCACAAAUGGCUGAAAUUUUGAGCUUUUUACUUUGAGAUUAGUCAUCCAAAAUACCUAAAGUUUACCUUCUCCGUGAAGAUCAUCCUUCAAAUGUUUUUUCAGCUUCCAAAAAUUUAGUAAUUCUGACGCUUUAAUAUCUAGAAUAAUAUCGACCAGCUGCCAAUAUUUCCAUUUUUUAUUCAGAUUUGCUUCCCAUUUCCAUUUUCUUUUCGAAUUUUUUGUCCGUUAACUGACAUUAUUCCUCUCCCAUUAUUGAUUGGGCCGUUUUCUGCGGCCCUACGGCGCUGUGGAUGCCCUCGAGGCACUGGUUGCGUUCUCGACUUUUUCGGAGAGGAAAGUGGAGGUUUCCGUGUGGCGGUUGGUUGAUUAAAUAUUAACAAGUUUAGAGGGGCCUAUUCGUGUUGUCCGCAGCGAAAAACAGAGCCCGAUUUUCACUUUAUGCCCCAAGGGGAAAUGAGAAUCGAGAGUGGAAAAGAGCUCUUCGAAAGGGUCGUAUAAUUAUUAGCAACAUCAUCGAAGGGGAUACUGUAAUUUUAUAUCAUUUUAGUCUAGUCGAUAAGCCAAUUUUUGCUCUGUAUUUUAGAGUUUCUGUCCCAAAAUUUUUUGGCAUUUCCCACAAGGAGCUGAUGAUUAACUUCUUAUUUUAAAUCCCUGGGGAAUGCCGUAAAUUUAUGAUCAUUUAUGGGGAAAAGCUUCGGAAACAAUCUUGCACCGUGCAGACAAAAAAUCAGCUGCCAUGCUUACGGUAGUUUAUAAGUCAUGGCCGGAGGCAUAAUCUAUAGUGCUCUCACACCCACGAUAGUUCAUUCUGGGAUAUUUUAAUCUUAUCUGCACUGUACGUUCCAGGACAUUUUUUAUUCUGCACAGUGCAGUAAGAAUUUUACAAUUCUACAGAUUUUUUUUGAAAAAAGACUAAAUAUUAUAGUAAUCAAAAAAAAAAGAUUAAAAGCAGGCACUAAUCAGGGAAAUAAAAGCGAAAAAAAAUUAAAAUCCAACACAUAGGGGCACAAAUCGCCAAAAUUGCAAUAAAUUUUCAUUUUCAGGCCGAGGAUGCGAUCAAAAACAAGACCACGACCCCGGAUGUGAUGGGAAUCCUCCCCAACUCGGAUAAGAAACGAAAACGAACGUCGAUAGCAGCCCCCGAGAAGCGCCUGCUCGAAGAUUACUUCCGCCAACAGCCCAGGCCAACCGGAGAUCGGAUCAGCGCCAUUGCCGAGAAAUUGGAUCUGAAAAAGAACGUGGUGCGCGUGUGGUUCUGCAAUCAGCGUCAGAAACAGAAACGGUAGGCACCCGGCCCCACAAACAACUGAUUGCAGCCAAUUCCGUUGCAGCAAUCAACUAGCCACGAACGGGAUCGGGGGCUCAAUCAACUGUCAGAACGAGUCCAAAUACACGCCCAAUCUGGUGGAUCUGAAGUCCGGUCUGUUGCCCGAGGAAUUCCUCCAGUCCGUGCAUUCGGGGAACCUCGAGAACAUGAACAACAACGGCCUCUGA